GGACGAUUCACUCCAGAAGGUCAGGAGGGACGAUUCACUCCAGAAGGUCAGGAGGGACGAUUCACUCCAAAAGGUCAGGAGGGACGAUUCACUCCAGAGGGUCAGGAGGGACGAUUCACUCCAGACAGUCAGGAGAGAAUUCACUCCAGAAGGUCAGGAGGGACGAUUCACUCCAGAAGGUCAGGAGGGACGAUUCACUCCAAAAGGUCAGGAGGGACGAUUCACUCUAGAAGGUCAGGAGGGACGAUUCACUCCAGAAGGUCAGGAGGGACGAUUCACUCCAGAAGGUCAGGAGGAUGAUUCACUCCAGAAAGUCAGGAGGGACGAUUCACUCCAGAAGGUCAGGAGGGACGAUUCAUUCUAGAAGGUCAGGAGGGACGGUUCACUCUAGAAGGUCAGGAGGGACGAUUCAUUCUAGAAGGUCAGGAGGGACGAUUCACUCCAGAGGGUCAGGAGGGACGAUUCAUUCUAGAAGGUCAGGAAGAUGGUUCACUCCAGAAGGUCAGGAGGGACGAUUCACUCUAGAAAGUCAGGAGGGACGGUUCACUCUAGAAAGUCAGGAGGGACGGUUCACUCUAGAAGGUCAGGAGGGACGAUUCACUCUAGAAGGUCAGGAGGGACGAUUCACUCUAGAAAGUCAGGAGGGACGAUUCACUCUAGAAGGUCAGGAGGGACGAUUCACUCUAGAAAGUCAGGAGGGACGAUUCACUCUAGAAGGUCAGGGGGGACGAUUCACUCUAGAAGGUCAGGAGGGACGAUUCACUCUAGAAGGUCAGGGGGGACGAUUCAUUCUAGAAGGUCAGGAGGGACGAUUCACUCUAGAAGGUCAGGGGGGACGAUUCAUUCUAGAAGGUCAGGGGGGACGAUUCACUCUAGAAGGUCAGGAGGGACGAUUCAUUCGAGAAGGUCAGGAGGACGGUUCACUCCAGAAGGUCAGGAGGGACGGUUCACUCUAGAAGGUCAGGGGGGACGAUUCAUUCUAGAAGGUCAGGAGGACGGUUCACUCCAGAAGGUCAGGAGGGACGGUUCACUCUAGAAGGUCAGGGGGGACGAUUCAUUCGAGAAGGUCAGGAGGACGGUUCACUCCAGAAGGUCAGGAGGGACGGUUCACUCUAGAAGGUCAGGGGGGACG